UCUUCCACCCAAAGCUCAUUUGGCUAACCAAGACGCCGAGCAGUAUGCGGCAGCAAACAGCCUUCGCCUUCAUCCUGCGCAAGCAACGCUAAUUGACCUAACCCAAAGGCAUCCAUACGGUGUCAUGAUUGGAGACAGCUGUGUGCUCCAGCAUUUCCAACUUCUUCUAAGGGCAAUAAACGCGAAAAAAUAUCUGGAGGUUGGUACUUACACCGGAUGCAGCGCCCUUGCUGCUGCACUGGCGAUGCCUCCUGAUGGAAGGGUGAUCACGCUAGACAUGUUUGAAUGUCUUGUGGAUCUGGGUCGACCUUUCUGGAAGCAGGCUGGUGUGGAUAAGAAGAUUGAAACACGAAUUGGUCCUGCGAAAGACAAGCUCAGUGAAUUAAUAGCGGAGGGUCAGGCUGGGACGUUUGAUUUUGCUUUUAUUGACGCGGACAAAGACAAUUACGAUGACUAUUACGAAAAGUGUCUCCAGCUCGUCAGAAGGAAUGGCAUAAUUGCCCUUGACAACGUAUUAUGGAGGGGAUCUGUUUACAAGCCCUCUGAACUCGACACUGCCCCAGAGACCUUGGCUCUGAAAAUAUUGAACGAAAAAUUGCACACAGAUGAUCGGAUUCAUCUGUCCAUGCUCACCGUUGCUGAUGGCGUCACGUUUGCCCUCAAGAAAUAGCACUUGCACUUUAAGAGAGAUUUAAGUCUUCAGGUUACGUAACGUAAGGCUCUUACAAUAUGUAGCAGAG